GCGGCGCUGGGCGGGCGGCGGCGGCGGCGGCUCGGCCCCGGGUGCCCCAGGGCCGCCUGGAGCCGGAGGCUUCCCUGCGGCUCCUGCCGAGCGCGGAGCAUCCUUCCCCCGGCAGCGGGGCUGGCACCGGCACCGGCACCGGCACCGGCGCUGACACCGGAAUCAGCAUCAACAGCGGCACCGGCAUCGCCCCCGGCACCGACAUCCCAUCGCCCCCGGCACCGGCAUCCCAUCGCCCCCGGCCCCGGCAGCAGCAUCACCUUCGGUGUCACCAUCACCAGCCUCGGCACCGGUACCGCGAUCGCUGCUGGCACCAGCUGUGCUCACCCCUCCCGUGCACACAGAGCCUGCGCCCAAGGACCUUGGCUCGUCCUCCCUGCAGUGAUUCCCAGCAGGGAUUCCCAGUGACUCCCAGUGACUCCCAGUGACUCCCAGGGAUUCCCAGUGACUCCCAGUGACUCCCAGCACUGAUUGCCAGCAGGAAUUCCCAGCGGAACACCGGUCAGAGCCCAAGGGGGCCCAGCCAGGACGGAUCCCUGUCCCCCGUGGUGUCCGUCCCUCACCUGGGCACGGGGCAGACGCGGUGCCAGGCCAGGCUGGAGGGUGCCCGGGUUAGCAUGACCGAGGUGGAACCCGUGCUGGACUUCGCAUCCUCCGGCAGGACGGGCCGGCGCAAUGCCCUGCCCGACAUCCUGGGCUCGCCCGCCGGCGUCAGCCCCGCCGACCUGCCCCUCAAACUGGCCGAGAUGUCCCUGAGCGCAGGCAGUGCCCAGGACAUGCAGUCGCCCUCAGCGGAGGUGCCCUCCCCGCAGCCCCCCAGCCCCGAGCUGAAGGACACGUCCUAACCCCGCCCGGGGGGACAUUUGUGACCGGCGGAGGAAGGAGGAGGCUGUGGAGGACCAGCCCAGCUUUCCUGGCACAGCCGGAGUCCGCUGGGAUUUCCUCGGUGCUGCCGCAGCGAGACCCUGGAGCGUCCCCCCGGCCAUGGGGGAGCGGCGCGUGGCGGGGACACGGAGGGGACAUGGAGGGGACCUGCCGUGACCGAGGGGCGAUUCCCACCCACGCCCUGGGCCAGGACUCGCGGGGGGAGGGGAUGUUUUGGCCUCCCCGGGGGGAGGAAUAUUUUUCUUCUGGGGCAUUUGGCGGAGCCGAGCGCGGGGGGG